UCUCCUAGCGCGAUCGUCGUCGAAUUCAAAGUGCUACUCCGGCCACUCAUUAAGUGGUGUGUGCUGAGCCUGUGACAACUGUGAGCGAGUGGAAAGGAUACCCGUGCAAGGACAUCGUUAUGCUGAAGAUUUCCCUGCUGAGCGCCGUGCUUGGCAUCGCCUAUGCAGGCGUGAUUGGACCUGGACCAUACUAUGGUGGUCCAGCUGGUCCUGGACCUCUGCACCAUUAUGGAGGCUAUGGCCCGCCAAGUGGCCCUCUUCCCGGACCCUAUGUGGCACCCAAGCCCGCAGCUCCUGAACCCUACGACCCCGAGCCAAAGUACUCCUUUGGAUAUGACAUUCAGGAUGGGUAUACCGGUGACCUGAAGUCGCAGCACGAGACGCGUCACGGCGAUGUGGUGAAGGGCAGCUACUCGGUGGUGGAUCCCGAUGGAACCAAGCGCACCGUUGACUACACGGCUGAUCCGCAUCACGGUUUCAAUGCGGUGGUUCGCAAGGAGCCACUGGCCUACAAGGCACCUGCCCACCUGGCCCCUGUCAUCGCACCUGCACCCGCUCCAGCACCAGCUCAUCUUGGUUAUGGUCCAGCUCCGGCUCCUCCACUUCCGCCGGUGCCCAAGGCUCCCCUGCUCUCGUAUCCGCUGGCCCUGGGUCCUCUUCACCGGGGUGCUCCGCAUCCUGGACCUGCUCCUGCUCCUGCUCCAGCACCAGUGCCUGUGCCAGUGGCUGCUCCUGUCCUGCCCUCCGCCCACUUCCAUGCCGCCUAUCCCGCCCUGGCCCACAGUCCCUAUGCCCACUAUCCGGCUCCUGCUCCCGUGGAUCCCCAUGCCUACUACCAUCACUGAGGGAGCAAUGUUCUCCACUAUCUGAUCUGAUUUGAUUUGACUUCAUCUAUCGCACGCAGCUUACACUGACCCAAUACUGAAUCUCCGGCUAUAUCUGUGCCAAACGCUGUACUCUCAAUCUCUUUUGCUGUGUUCUUCGAGGGAUUUGAUACCGAUCCAACAUGUAGAUUGAUUUUAAGAUACACUUAGCCUACGUACAUGUCUUAAGAAUAUGUUGUUGAAUGGUUAGUCUAGAGAAAUAAACCGAUAAACGAAAAA